GGUGCGAUAUUUCCGCGCCUGAUGCCUCUUCUGUUGAUGCCGCUCUUCCCUCUUUUAUCCAGUUUCAUCUUCCCCCAAACCCUAACACAAAUCCAAACCCUACAAUCUCCAUGCUUCUCAUAUCAAUCAUCACCAUGGCAACCUAAAUUGUUCAUUAUUACGCACAUCUUCCACUUUGGAUCAAUCAAUUUGCUAACAAAACAACGGCGGGGUUUGAUUUUCACGAAAGAACAUGGCUACUCUUUCGGAUAUUGCUGUAUCCGCUGCUAUUAAUAGUCUAUCUGCAAUACUGUUUCUGGUUGCAUUCGCUAUCUUACGCCUUCAGCCCAUCAAUGAUAGAGUUUACUUCCCAAAAUGGUAUCUCAAGGGCAUAAGAGAUAGUCCAACUAGUUCUGGAACUUAUGUGAAGAAAUUUGUCAAUCUAGAUGUCAAAAUGUACCUAAAGUUCUUGAAUUGGAUGCCUGCUGCCUUACGAAUGCCGGAGCCGGAGCUUAUCGAACACGCAGGGCUUGAUUCCGCUGUGUACAUUCGGAUAUACCUUCUUGGCUUGAAAAUAUUUUGCCCCAUCGCUCUGCUUUCGUUUGCUGUAUUGGUGCCUGUUAAUUAUACAGGUGAGAAUUUUGAGGAGUUGAAAACGAAUAUGAAAGAUCUAACGUACAGUGAUAUUGACAAGCUCUCAAUAUCCAAUGUCGCCCCGGGAUCAAGCAGGUUGUACGCCCAUAUAGCAAUGGCGUAUGUCUUCACGUGUUGGACAUGCUACACUCUUUACAAUGAAUACAUGAUUGUAGCAAAAAUGAGGCUGCAUUUUAUUGCUAAUGAAAGACGUCGUCCUGAUCAAUUUACAGUACUUGUAAGGAAUGUUCCUCCAGAUGCUGACGAAUCAGUUAGUGAGCAUGUUGAACAUUUCUUCUGUGUUAAUCACCCUGAUCAUUACCUUACACAUCAGGUAGUGUACAAUGCAAAUACUCUUGCAGAUAUGGUGCUAGAAAAAAAGGGUCUACAAAAUUGGCUUACGUACUACACCAACAAGUACGAGAGACACCCUAAUAAAAGGCCAACAACCAAGACAGGUUUUUGCGGUCUUUGGGGAAAAAAUGUUGAUGCUAUUGAUUUUUAUAAUGAACAAAUCGAGACUCUAAGCAAACAAGAGGAGGCUGAAAGAGAAAGAGUGUUAAACGACCCAAACGCCAUUAUGGCAUCAGCAUUUGUUUCAUUUAGAUCACGGUGGGGUGCAGCUGUUUGUGCUCAAACGGACCAAUCACAUAAUCCCACCAAAUGGCUCACACAGUGGGCCCCGGAACCACGUGAUGUAUACUGGGACAAUUUAGCCAUACCGUAUGUUGAGCUUAACUUGAGAAGAUUGCUCAUGGCUGUUGCUCUAUUUGGUCUUACUUUCUGUUUUAUGGUCCCUAUAGCCUUUGUUCAAACUUUGGCUAAUAUUGAAGGAAUUCAGAAGGUUUUUCCCUUUUUGAGACCUCUUAUUGAAAUGGGAUCGGUCAAGUCGGUAAUUCAAGGUUAUCUUCCCGGGAUUAUAUUGAAGAUAUUUCUUAUUCUUCUACCAACAAUUAUAAUGACUAUGUCAAAAAUAGAGGGAUGGACCGCACUUUCAGCUUUGGAGACGCGUUCAGCUGGGAAAUACUACUUAUUUUUGCUUGUGAAUGUGUUUCUUGGAAGCAUAAUUACAGGAACUGCCCUUCAGCAACUUAAAGAAUUCAUGAAUCAGUCCCCAACUGAGAUCCCAAAGACGGUUGGUGUGGCGAUCCCGAUGAAAGCGACAUUUUUCAUAACAUACGUAAUGGUAGACGGUUGGUCAGGAGUUGCGGCAGAGAUCCUUAGAUUGGUUCCUUUGAUAGUAUUUCACUUGAAAAACACAUUUCUUGUAAAGACCGAAAAGGACAGAGAAGAGGCAAUGGAUGCCGGUUCGUUAACUUGGGCCGUAUCUGAGCCCCGGAUACAGUUGUACUUCCUGCUUGGAUUAGUGUACUCUACCGUCACCCCUAUACUACUCCCGUUCAUUGUCAUCUUUUUCGCCUUUGCCUAUCUGGUUUUUCGCCAUCAGAUUAUCAAUGUAUACGAUCAGAAGUACGAGAGUGGUGCAACAUUUUGGCCCGAUGUUCACCGUCAAAUAAUCAUUGGAUUAAUGAUUUCACAAUUUCUAUUUUUAGGAUUAUUAAACACAAAAAAGGCAACUAAUGCAACAUAUUUUCUGGUUCCUCUUCCCAUCUUAACCUUCUGGUUCUUUAGAUUCUGCAAGGGCCGGUUUGAAUCUCAAUUCAGACGAUUCCCGUUAGAGGAUGCGAUGAAAAAAGAUACACUAGAAAGGGCAACAGAACCGAACCUUAACUUGAAACUGUAUCUCCAAGAUGCAUACGUACACCCGGUUUUCAAAGGCUCAAUGGAGUUUGAAAGACCGAGAGUUGUUGAUGAAGAAGAAAACAGUCCACUUGUUGCAACAAAAAGGAGUAUUCGUAGAAGGGGUAACCAAGGGAAUCAAGAAGACAAUGCUGAGGACAUAAUGGUGUCGCCUGAGGGAGGUUCUAAAGCAGGCCCGAGUUCCAGAAAGUGGUAAUGUACUGAGUUGAAGAAUGUAUGUAACUCGGAGCUGAGUCAAAAGAGCGAGUCAAGAUAUGGCAUUUUUGUGUAAAGAAAACGAGUUGUUCAGCUGAUCAACGGCACCUAUAACCCAUUCUUUUUGCACAUGUUUGGUAAAUCAUGAUGUUUUUUUUUUAAAUUAUUAUUGUGUACAACUGUUAAUAGUUCGAACUGUUGCAUUCAGUCGGUAGAGAGGCGUAAUUGGUUCUGGGCUCGGUUCAAAGUUAGACCUGGACCAAGUAAGGCCGGUUCAAAACUCGUGUAUAGUCUUAAAGGUGUUGUCUCUAAAACUGAUUAAAAAGA